UUUGCUGUUUUUGCCUUUCCGUGGGCUUGCAUCUGCAGCCUUGCUACUUGUAUUGUUAAUUUUCCUGUAAACUUUGCCAGCGCAUCUACUGGUAUUUUAUGACAUCUCUCAUGACGACAUAGUCUUUUAUAUCUUCGGCUUUUAGAUUUUUUAACACGGACCCCGAAUCGAGAUUCCUCGGAAUGAGUGUCAGAAUGAAGCCCUAUCUAGUCGCCUGCAUCGUGCUCUUCCUCAUUAUCAAUGUGAUAUUUGUCUCCAUCGCUUUGGAACAUGUUUCCCAUGGUGCCUUUAGUCCCGGUGAUAAACACACCGAAAACGAAGCCGAGUAUCACCACGAAGCCAUAAUGGGUAACGAGCAGCGUCAUCAGGAAUAUCAUCAGCAAUCGCCCGAAGAAUCUCGCGCCAAACUCCUCGACCUUGCCACGGCGCACGAUCUCGAUUACGAUGGAAAAAUCUCUCUGGACGAACUGCAACAGUGGAUUUUCCAAUCCUUUCAGGAUUUAAACGCUGAGGACGCCCAAAAUAAGUUUCAAGAUUUGGAUACGGAUGAGGAUGGAUUUGUUACAUGGAAAGAGCAUUUGAAGGACACAUGGGGCGUAACGGAUGAUCAGGAUAUCGAGAAUAACGAGGAUUAUAAGGAGGAAAUUGCGAUGAUCAAGGAAGAAGAGCUGCUGUUUAAAGCUGCCGAUCGUGAUGAGGAUGGAAAAUUAUCCCAGGAGGAAUUCCAGGCAUUUGAACGACCGGAACAAUAUGACUAUAUGCAGCCAUUAGUUAUUAAGCGCACUAAGGAAGCCAGAGAUCGGAAUGGUGACGGCUAUAUCGAUUUCCACGAGUACAUCGUGGAUAUUAUUCCGAAUUACAAAAAAACCAUGAGUUCCGAAGAAAGAGAAACCUAUUCCACGGAAAAAGAACGCUUCGAUCUGUAUUUCGAUGCGGACAAAGACGGCCGACUGGAUGAUAUGGAGAUCUUCCGGUGGCUGAUCCCGGAUGACAACGCCACGGCCAUGUCGGAAGCCGAGCACAUAAUGGAGAAGAGCGACACGAACCGUGACGGUGUCCUCUCCCCGGAUGAAAUCCAAGAGCACUAUCAGGUCUUUGUCGGAUCGGAAGUGACGGAUUACGGUCACGCUAUCAAUGAUCCCCGGUAUGAAUCCCAUGACGAACUGUAGAAUCUCAAUGCGUACGGUGUGGUAAUUUAUUUUGCACAGUCUGAAUCCUGUUUCUCCUACCAAAGUGUGAAUUGUUGUUGGUUUAAUGGUUCCUGGUUGGUUUCGUUCUGGAUCGGGUGCCCGAUUGGUUGGUAGUUGUUGUUCGAUUGUUUUCGGUCUGGCGGAAUUGUUGUUGUGUUGUCGUUAUCGGAAGAAAACUGGUGUAAUAAUUUGGCAUAGGCCAUAGAGUGAGUGUGAUUAAAGAAACA